AUGACCUACAGGAGGGACGGUCACCUCCUGAAUCAACGGCGGAUGAACUUCCAUUCGCGCGGAUCCACAACCACCGUUCACGAACUUCUCGUCGCCGACGACUGCGCCCAUAACACCACCUCGGAAGAGGAGAUGCAACGCAGCGUGGACCUGUUCUUCGCCGCCUGCAAGAACUUCGGUCUGGUCAUCAAACCGCAGAAGACGGUGGUCAUGCAUCAACCGCCAUCCAAUACAGCCACUCCUCACAACGCGUCGCAAAUCAGUGUAAACGAAACCCAACAGCAAAGGUGGAGAACUUCAGGUACCUGGGCAGCACACACACACACCUUUAAUACCAAAAUCGACGCCGAAGUCGCUCGCGGGAUCUCGAAAUCCAGUAAAGGCUUCGGCCGCCUCCAAAGCACCGUUUGGAAUCGUCACGGUCUGCAACUGAGCACGGAACUGAAGAUGUACAAGGUCGAAGCUGUUGUACGGAGCGGAGACAGUGUACACAAAGCAGGCACGCCACAGUUGUCUCCGUCGCAUCCUUCAGGCUGAACUGGCACGAUCGAAUCCCCGACACUGUUGUGCUGGAACGGACGGAAAUCCUCAGCAACUACACCGCGCUGAGACACACGCAGCUGCGUUUGAGCGGUUACCUGGUGGUCAUGGACGACGAGCGACUACCCAGACGACACUUCUACGGAGACGUCGCCACGGGCUCUCGCCGCCAAGGAGACCAAAUUCGCCGUUACAAGGACACUCUGAAGUCCUCCAUGAAGCGCCUGCAAAUCAACCCGACAAACUGGGAAGACCUCGCACACGAUCGACCGACCUGGAGGAGAGCAGUGAUGACAUGCGCUGCGAUCUAUGAGGCCAACCGAAUCUUCGCUACCAAAGUGGAACGCGAAGCACGCAAAUCACAGCUACGUCCCGUCCGCAACGCCGACGCACAACCGCUACCAAUGUCUGACGUUUCGGAUUCCUGCUCGAAUCCAUCAUCAGAUACAUAA